CUCCAGCAAGCCAUCAAAGAUCUAAAGAAACACGUUGAAAACAGGCGCAAACACGCGAUGGAGCGGGCUGGAUACGCGGAGAAGAGAGCCAAGGAUCUAGAGCGGAAAGUUCACUGGCUUAGCUUGGCUCUUUGCGCUGUGGCGGCUUUUGGCGGCCAUGUGAUAGUGGCUUUGAUGGAAGAAAAGAAGCACGCCAAGAUACCUCGGUGCGAGCGAGGUGGGGAUGUUAGGGGAUUGGCGCGGGUGGUGGAGUAAAGGGGGGGGACACCGCUUCUGGGGAUUUUGUAGUGGAUUGUCGUGGAUCGGUGUGCAGUUUUCUGUCCCCUGCUUGGAUGAGAUCUGGCGCGACAGAUCUCGUGAUGGCCGGGGUAACGG